CUAUGCAAGCACCAAAGGUAGCUCCUCCAGACAUGAUAUGCAGGGACAAAUUCUUAGUUCAAAGUACAUAUGUCCCAGAGGGAACAAAGGAGGAAGAUGUCACCUCUAACAUGUUUGUUAGAGAUGGUAAAGUUGUUGAUGAAAAGAGGCUUAAAGUGAUCCUCAUAUCUCCACCAGACUCACCUGAAUCAUCACCAAUCAAUGAAACAUUAAAGAUAGUGCAGAAAGAUGAUGCUAGAGAAGUGAAAGAUGAAUUUGUUCAAAAACAUACCUCUCAUUCCAAAUUGAGCAGCCCAGUAAAGGGCAGUCCAACAAUUAAUGUCACGAAAGUUGACACCAACUCAAGAGUUAAGAAUCGGGGUCAAGGCCCAUCCCUCUAUCAAUUGAGACCACGACUCAUCUUCACCACCUUAUUUUUCAGAUAA